AUGGGCGGCGCGACCGCGAUUCUGGGCGUGGAACUCUGCGCGCCGCUGCUCAUGCUGUGCUGGCUCUGCUGCUGGCCAGAUGACGGCAAUUCAGACACUAGCUCCGGAAAACAUCCCAAAAAACCAGUGAUCACUAAUGGUUACAAAAAGCAGCCACUGUCAGCUCACAGAAGUCACGAAGAAAUCCGCAGCCGUCGCAAGUCACAUCAUGAGAACCGGGAGGAUGACAAUCGCUACCACUCAGCCCCCAGCAUCAUUGACGAGGUCGUGCACAGAAGGGACUGGGAGAGGUCCACUAAAGAUCUACAUAUACCACUCAAUCCUGUUACUGCACUCAGUUCCAAUACUUUAGCUCCAAAUUAUGAACAAAUUGUGAACGUAGGUCAUGUUACACAUUCGAAACAUAAGAGCGAUGAAGAAAUAAUCGGAAGGCCUUGUAAAAAACAUUAUACUAAUAUCAAAACCUCUCGCAAUAAGAAAAGUGAAGCGCCUGAGACAUCACGCAAAGAAUUAACCGCUGAUGAUAUAAAAGACGAGGAUGUUUCUGAACUAACUUCUAAUGUAUCCAAUUUCUAUAUAGGUGAUUCAUCUUGCAUGCUCAAUAAAGAAAACAUACGUGAAGACAAAGAAGGAAACGCAGAAGACCGAAAACGAUUUAAAGGCAAAGAUGUUAAACAAUCAUUGAACGAGUCGAUCAAAUUUAGGGACCGACCAAGGAACAUUUUGGGUCCUUUAACAGAGUUUCAAGUUUCAGGGGUGUUUGAGAUGGAGGAUCCGCCAGACAUCGAUCGAUCCGGUGCAGUACAUCAUUUUGAAGAAAGGUCAAAUUACUGUGACACACCUUCGGUUCCUUAUUCACCACUUCCAGUAGAGGGGACAGUGUCUCCAAUAGCGCCGCUGGCGAUGGGGGCUGGCGAGGGGGGUGAGGGGGGCGGGUCCCGGCGGAGGCUGCGCGGGCGCCACGCCAGCGCCGGCGACGUGCUGGCUCCUGCGCUGCGUCCACACUCCGCCGCACUUUCUGAAAGUGACCUGGACUUUGAUCUUGAAUGUUGCGACGAGCCGCCCCCGGCCUACGACGAGCUGCAGAUGAUAGCCAUCUCUCAGAGAAAGGAAACUGCUAUAUAA